AACAUCUGAUUUAGUUGCUUAGAAAACCGCGGCGAGUGACGGUCGGUCGUAGAUUCAGCAGAAGUGUUCAACGAGUGUGUGCGCGUUCGUGUCUUAAGUCUUUUGUUUUCACUCGAAGGCGCAUUUCAUUGUUUUCUGAUUUCCAUUCGAUUUGAGUGUUUUGUUGUUGUUGUUGUUUAUGUUACUUUGGAUACGUCAAAAGUCAAAGUGCGUAUAACCUGGCUGAAAAUUAUAAAAAUAUAAAACACUUUCAUUUUAUCGCUUCAACAUUUUUUGUAAAAACAAAAAAUAAACUAACAUAAAAUACAAGUGCAAACAUAUGCUCGUUCAAACAUAAACAGCAAUCAUACAUACCUACAUACAAACAUACAUAUGUACCAACCAACGUAUUUAUAAUCAACUUACAACACCUGCCCCGCCAGACCAAAAAUCAGCCCAUUUGACAAAAAGAAACUCGAAAGCAAAAAUGAUGAGCCACAACAGACAAAGAUGAUGGGGCUACGCCGCGCAACAUUUCAUAAAACAACAACAACACCAAUUAUAAGAAAAUAAAACUAGACUGACUUAGAACUACAUUCGAUGCUCCAAAAAACAAAAUUUUUUAAAAGCGAAUAAAAAAGAAUUACAGCUACUUAAUACGAAGCCAAGCAGAGCAGCAGCAAACAAACAACAUAUCCAGCGAAGAAAGUAAGCCACCACCACCAUCACCAUUACUUUCGACAGAAAGGAGGCAAGAAAGAAAGAAAACGCAACAAAAUUUUGAUUCUUAGCCUUUUGUUGAGCAUUUCGUAAAUACAUACCCCCGGCCGCCCCUCAUCAACAUAGCAUUGGCAUUUGGCCACCAACCUGCAUCAAACCACCUCCAUCACUCUAUCACUGCCUUCCAUUUGUCAUCGAACAAUAAAAUAUUAAUAAUCGCGCAAUGAAUUGUGAAAAACAGAGUGAGACGUUCAAAAGCGCUGGCAGCGGCGGAACGGAUGGCAUAACAAGCUUUUGGAACCAGCACAUUAUGGAGCGCUUUAUAAAAGCGAAUCUUUUCGUUAUAUGCUGUGUUGCAGCCGGUUUACUAUUGAUUGUCUACUUAGGUGCCUUUUCCUGUGAGGUAUCGUGGAUUUUGGAGGCCCGAGGAGACUUGCCCUAUGCCGCAUAUGUCCUAUGCACACAAUAUUUCAUUGUCUUUGUGGCCACAACGAUACUCAUUCACGGUCUAGUGACGGGCCUGCCAUGGGGUCUAUUUGCAUGGUCGGUGAUCAUUGGAAUUCUAUCAAUACCUGAAUUGAUAUUUGUUAUGAUUAUGACAACACAACAUUGGGGUUUGCAAUCGGUGCACGGCCUAACGGAGUUAAUAGCCUACCUCAUUCGUUUGGUUAUAAAUUGUUUCGCUUUAAUUUGCGUGAUUCCCACUGGCCUAAGAUGGCGGCGCGAAUCACAAGUCCUUACACAGUUGCAAGAUUUGGCAACACGCCUGCAAUUACAGACACCGCCACCUAGCGUGCCGAUGCUGACAUCAAAAUCGGACUCAAGACGUUCGAGUAAGCGCAUACAAAAUCAACAGAGUACCUUUGAAAAUUCCGGCUAUCAAGUGACCGAGGUGAGCAAACCAGUCAAUGGUGGCGGCUCACAACCGCAAGGAUUAAAUGUGUUUGGAUCACAGAAUGAGUUCAACGCCAGCAUGUUUGCCUUGCCGUUUAUCCAGCAACAAUUCAAUCCAGCAAGCGGAAUUAAUCGGAAUGGCAAUCGCACCCAAUCAUUAAUGGAUCUACGUUGUACCCUGCCGGGCCUGUACAAUCCCCGCUAUGUUAUAGAGAACAGCGAUGAAAAGAACGGCAAAUAUUUCAACAUAACAAUUGAUGAUUUGAAAAAUAAUCUACAAGAUUCCCACAAACAGCCAGCUUCCCUGGUGGGCUCCUCGUCCAACGAUCCAAUUUAUUGCUCCAUUGAACCCAAGCAGCCGUCACCGCCAACACAACCACGCGGACAAAGAGAACCCAUGGCAUUGCCGGGACAACAGCAACCACCCACUAAGCUGGCCCGUAACUGUAUAUCCUUGGAGAAUCUGGAGGGUAUAAACAAGGUUCAAAGCGAUUUAGCCGCCUAUGGUCACAAUCUGCUGCAAAACUAUAAUCAGCAACAACAGUACUACUUAGCCAUGCUGGGGUACCUGCAAGAGCACCAACAACACUCGGCCCAAUUCGCCAUGAAUGGUGGUAUUUAUCGCCGACCGGGCAGUCAGACCAGUCUCAAUCCACAAGUGUUGGCAGGCAAUGCAGCAAUGCCGCAACAAUUCCAGCGACGCAAUUCCCAACAACUACAAUACUACGGCGGUUUCGGCUAUGCCAACUACACAAACCCCUACAUAACAGCGAAUUCGAAAUUGUCUUUGGGCAAUGAGUCGGAUGAUUAUCGCAAGUAUCGCGAUGUGGCUUUGUAGGCCACAUCCCUUCCAGAAGUUCUAGUUUAAGGCAAUUGUAAGUUUAGUUUUCAUUAUUGUUUUGUUACACCUUGAAGGUGCUCAGCUAUUUCCACGAAUAAUAAAUAGUAGAAGUGUCAAGUCAUCGCGUAAAAAUAGUUCGAAAAUAAGGAAAGACAUUUUUUUAUAGUUAAGAUUUAGCCAAAGAUCGAUAAACCCAACUAACUCAAGUGAAAUACCAACUAUAGGCUAUUUUGAAAUUACGAUCCACAAGUAAGCUAAUGGCAGUUUUGUUUGCUUUUGUUUAUUCGACUAAGAAGACUAAGAAUAAACGUCCAGUGCAAUUGAUUUUUUUUUUUUUUUUUAAUUUUGUGAAACAAUUGAUAUUUAUUUAUAUAUUUUUAUAUUUUUUAGUAAUAAUAGUUCUAUAGAGUUAAGUUUUAUAUAAAGAACAAACACAACGAUUUUUGCUUUUGUAAUAUAACUAUUCCAUACGCUCCAUAUUUCUAAGAUCAAUUCAAUGUAAAUACAAAAAAAAAAGAAACAAAUAACUAAAAACUCUCUAUUAAAUAUAAAAAAAUAUUCGUUAUACGAAUUUUGAAUGCA